CGGGCGCUUAACAGAGCCGCGACCCAUUGGCUGCCUCCACCUGCAGGUCAACAGGGCCUCGUUCCCCGAGACCGCCACCGAAAUGGUAUAACAUUGGCUGGCUUGCCAUCGUCAUUCUUGCAUUGUGCACUACGGGCUUCCUGUCGCUACCGGCUUGAUCAUCUGGCUUGGCCAAGUCGCGGCGUCUCGUCCGCCGCAUGUCCACCUCGCAUCCGCCUCUAAGCACCAUGACGAAGUUGUCUGCGCCGUGCAAGAACCACUGCCCGCAGUUGGAGGCAAGGACGUGGUACUGGGCGCAGUCAAAGGCAGAGCAAUACGAGACGCAAAAGUCAUGCAUUGCCGACUUCACUUUUAGUCCGCGCACUGAUGCGAGAGGUGUCUCUCUCAUUUUUGUCAAUGCCGUAGGGGGCCUUGGGCCGAACGACAAAGCUCUCCGAAAUUGCGAUGUUUGCCGGUCAGCCCUGACUUCCGAAUUCGACAUGCCCCCGAUAUGGUGGGAAGACCAUUACGUGCAGGCCAGCAGCUACUUUGGAUUUCGAGAAGUUCCAGAGUCUGCGGCGAAGCAGAAGGGAACAGUAUCAUGGUGUCGCUUCAAGGUCAAGCACACAACUAGCGUGCCCGAGAAAGCCAAGGUGGACUAUCAUUGGGCAAAGCUGAAUGUGUUUUCGCGCUGGUACAGUUCGCUGAACCAUACCGUCAUUCUCAUCUUCGAUCCAGAAAAGAUGCGGUACAGAGAUGACGGCCUGCGCGUCGAGUUUGAGCGAAGCCUUAUGGACAUUGUCAGAGAGGACGAUCUGGCCGACCCCUUCUGGAUCUACCCACCCCUCAUCGACUUCGUCGUCAGAGCUCAAGACAAGGCUGUGUGGCAGAUACGUGAUCUGGUCAGGAGCAUUGAGAAGAGUCGGGACGAUCACGCGCAGGAAGCCUCGAUCCUCGGGAGCGUCAGCUUUCUCAACAUGUACGACUAUCAGAGGCAUGCGGUGCACGUCUGCGAGACACUCGAAGUCGCCAUCUCUACGACGGAAUGGAUCGAAAAGCACCACGACGGCUUUCUCAAUGGCCUCAAGCGUGGUAGCAAGUCGAUGGCGUCGAGGAACAUCACCAAUGGCCUACUCGACAAGCAAAAUUUCCUGACGGGUCUGCUGCACCGUUCCGAUUCGAACAAGGCGCGGCUGAAUAGCGAAAUUGGACUCGCCUUCAACACAGUGUCCGUCGAGAUUGCCAACGCGACCAAGCGAGAUAGCUCUGCCAUGCGGACCAUUGCAUUUGUGUCGCUGCUGUUCCUGCCGGCAACCUUUACGUCGGCCAUUUUCAGCACAACAUUCUUCAAAUUCGACGACAACUCGAGCGCGUGGCAAGUCUCGGACAUGUUCUGGCUGUACUGGGUCGUCGCUAUUCCAUUGACAGCUGCGGCGGUCCUGGUCUGGUACGGCAAGUCGCUGCCGCACAAGUUGGACAGUUUGCGGCGUCAUGCUACCAGCAUCGCCGGUCGCCGGUCGCACGGCCGAGGCGAACGGAGCAUGGAGGAAGGUUCCCGUGAGAACACUAGGUCGGUCCGCUCUUGGACGGAGAAGGGUGACUCGGGUAUUUGUUAGGUGGUUGCGCGGGGCUGUUCUGGAUACCUGGGCGAGAUGGGAUCUCGAGGCGAGCGUAGCCCCUUUGAGGACAUGAGCAGCAAGCGAUGAUCUUACAAAUUAUCGUGAAAUUUGGACUGGUAGUGUAAGGGCACAAGUUGCCAAAGACCUGAACGAUAGACCAGUUCUUCCCAUUAACUCGUGUUAGAAUUGAACGGUGGUAGGAC